GUGACUACUACGUCAUCAAAGCCGCCAGAUACAUCGGAGAGCAGAGUCAUGGCGAGUGCACGGACCAAACAUGUUAAAGAUCUACAGGAAGAACUGACCUGUUCCAUUUGCCUUGAUAAGUUUAAAGACCCUGUCUCUAUACAGUGUGGUCACAACUUUUGCCGAGCAUGUAUCUCCCAAACAUGGAAAGGCACCCGCAGCAAUUUUUUAUGCCCUGUGUGUCGGAAGGUAUCCAAAUGGAAGUUUCUAAGACCUAAUCGUGUUGUGGGGAACGUGCUGGAAAUUUCAGCUCAAAUGUUUACAGCUGUAGAAAGUGAAGGACCUAAGAAGCAGUGUCCGAAGCACCUAGAGCCACUGAAACUUUAUUGUAAGGAUGACUCUGAGGAAAUCUGUGUAGUGUGCAGAGAGUCCGUCUAUCACAGGAGCCAUACAGUAAUGCCAGUAGAAGAAACAACUGAAGAAUUUAAGGGUGAAGUUCAAAAUCGUCUGCAGGCAUUAAGAAAGGAGCUUACCAAUAGUGUGCAACUUAAAACUGAAGAAGAAGAAAGAGCUCAAGAACUUCAGGCUGAAGUUUUACAAAAACGUCAAAUGGUGACUGCAGGCUUCGAAGGUUUGCGGCAACUUCUGGCUGAUGAAGAAACGGUGAUCAAUCACCGUUUAGAAAACCUUGAGAGAGCAAUUAAACAGAGGAGAAACGAGUGUGUCAGCAGGCUGAAUGAAAAGGUGUCAUCGCUCCAAAAAGUCAUCACUGACCUUGAAAAAAGUUUUCUCAUUUCAAACAGCCAUAAUUGUCAGGAACAGAAAGCUUCUGUUGUCAGACAUUCUCCUGAACUUCCUCAUCCAAAACACAGGACACCCAGACACACUGGAAGAAGAGCAACACUGGACUUUUUUAUGUCUUUACAUGUUCCAUUGUCCCUGGACCUGAAAACUGUCAACCAAAAUCUUCUGGUAACCUGCAACAGACAACGUGUGAAAUAUGUGGAAGAUGCACUGCAUUUGGUCCCAUGUCCAGAGAGGUUCGACUCAAAACCAUGUGUUUUGGCAACCACCGGAUUCAAAUUAGGAAAACAUUAUUGGGAGGUGGAGGUGGGAGGAGGCAUAUACUGGACCACUGGGAUAGCUAAACAGUCUGUUUGCAGAAAAGGAAUGUUUAGAAUUGAACCAGGUAGAGGAAUAUGGGCAAUUGGUCUACUUGGCAUGUAUACAGAUAGAUACUAUGCUUUCACCAACCCUGAUACUCUCUUGAAUCCUAAGGAACAACUGGAAAGAGUUGGAGUCUUCUUGAACUGUGAUGAAAGCUAUGUUUCCUUUUACAAUGCUUUGAACCUGGAGCACCUUUACACAUUUAAUUUUAUGCAAGUGCCUGAAAAAAUGUUCCCCUUUUUUUGUGUAGGAGCCUUAGGAACAGAACUUAAACUUAACUAAUCAUUUCAAAUCUUGUUUUUAGUAGAGAAUUUGCAACAUGAAAACCAAAGCUUUCUAAUUAAAAUGGUUUGUCUGACUUAAUAAAAAAAAAUGAUCCCCAAGGCCACAAUACAAUAAAGAAAGAAUAUUUACAUACAUAUUUCAUCCCCUGCUACUCUUAUCUGAAGGAGUUGUUUGCUUGGCUGCAGCAAUGAUGUGCCUGCAUACUCCAAGUGACUGCUGCAGCCAAUCAGCUCAGCUGCUGAGAUCAGUGAUUGGCUGCAGCAGCGUCCAAGUUAUACGUGAAUGUCAUCACUGCGAUGUGGAGGAUCAGAGCAGUUACGCUGGGAGCAGCAGGGGAGGAGAUAGGUGAGUAUAUGUUCUUUCAUUUUACCAUAGUUUCUGCCUUGAACUAAUUCAGCCAUCACCUUUAAGUUCUUAGUGGAAAGGGUUUUCCCUUUGACAUAUUUGUAUGGUAUAUCCACUAGAUAUGCCAUGAAAAUCUUACUGUUGGGUCAUUCAUCCAUUCAAAGAUAGGAUACCUAAUCCUUGUACCUGAUGUAGAAGAGACUAUGCAUCUGUGAUCAAUCUACGUUAAAUGGCAUCUGUCAGCAGAUUUGUACCUAUAAAACUGACCUGUUGCAUGUGCUCUCGGCAGCUGAAGGCCUCUGUG